AUGGGUGAUGUGUCGGUGGACGAGGUCUUCGAGACCUACUCCCAGGCGAUGCGUAUGUUGGUGGACUACUACUACACGGCCACGCUCCCCGGCACCGACAUCCCGCUCUCUCGACUUCCGCUCAUCGUCAACACGCACGGCUGGCUGAAAGCUACCUGGGUCCCCGACGUCGCCGUCCAUCUCUACCCCGUCACACUCGAAUACGCCACACAGGGUCCCGACUUUCCGUUCGUGGAGGAAGAGGUGGGCUACCGCUUCCGCGCGGUCCACCUUCUCCCCGCUGUCGCCCCCAAGCGGCCCAGGGUGCUCCUCGGUCCCGACGACCUGCGGCGACUGCGAUUAGACGCCUACUUUGACUGCUGGAGCGAGGGCAGCCUGGUCACCCAGAUCCCCUAUCGCGUGCCCUGGAACGCGAUCCGGUUGGCGCUUGCGGAUGCCGACGUGCCGCCGUCGGAGUGUCUUCUGGCCUUCAACGCUUCGCUGGUCGGUCUCUGCAUCGACACGGCCGACUACCUCUCGUGUGCUCCUCCGGGCCAAGCCGAUCUCAGCCGCGGUCAAUCGAUCUAUCCCUCGUUCCUUCUGUCUGCGCCUCGGUGCGAGUGCGUCGGUCUUGGAAUCGUGAGGACUAUCGACCCCGUGACGCACCAGUUCCUUGUGCUCACCUCUGUCCCGCCCGAGCAAUUGCAACGAGUGAACACCUUCGUGAAGGGCGCCAUCCAUCUGCCCGCGCCUACUCUUCUCCGAGGCGGCUGGCUGAGCAACCCGUAUCUCAUGGCGGAGGCCAUCUCGCGACCUGGCGGCGCCAAGAUGACUGGUCGGUCCAACAUCCAGCGAAAGCAUACCGCAAGUGGUGCCAGGAAGUGA